UUCUUUGGAAAGCCUCACCCUAUUUUUUGGCUGCUUCCCCGUGUCACUUGCCCGGUCUCCUUCCUCCCGUGUCUACUGCUCUCCCUCCCUUUGCCCACCUUGCCCUCUCCACACCUCCCAACUAGAGUAUCCUCCAUCCGUCGCCGCCGCACUCACCUCGGCCGCGGCUGCCGCCGCACUCACCUCCGCGGCGACGUCGGACGCCGCCACCGCCGCCGCCGCGCCGCAGUCACCUCUGCGGCCGUCGCUACCGCACUAACCUCUGCCGCCGUUGAGUUCUUGCCUCGAUCUUCUCUCACCGACGCCGUACCCUCACGCCCCGUUCCCCAUCGCCCCUCGCCUUGCGAUGGCCAGAGAGGCGCCACCCCACUUUCCUCCUCCAACAGAUGAUGAUAAUGAUAUUGUCAUGGAGAACGCUUCAUUUGUUCGUAAUGAACCUCCUCAAGAUGACCAAGGGCCCCCGAAAGUUGACUCAGAGGUGGAAAUCCUUCAUGAGAAAGUCAAAAAACAAAUUAUUAAGGAAGGUCACGGUCAUAAACCGGCAAAACUUGCAACAUGUUUCUUGCAUUAUAGGGCAUGGGUUGAGCACUCUUCACAUAAAUUUGAAGAUACUUGGCAAGAACAGCAUCCAAUUGAACUUAUUCUAGGGAAAGAGAAAAAAGAAAUGGCCGGGCUGGGCAUUGGUAUCGCAAGCAUGAAGAGUGGGGAGCGUGCACUGUUGCAUGUUGGCUGGGAAUUAGGCUAUGGGGAGGAAGGAAGCUUUUCCUUCCCAAAUGUCCCCCCCAUGGCGGAUCUUUUGUAUGAAGUUGAGCUUAUUGGUUUCGAUGAUAUCAAAGAAGGAAAAGCCAGAAGUGAUAUGACUGUAGAAGAGAGAAUUGAAGCAGCUGAUAGGAGGAAGGUUGAAGGGAAUGCUCACUUCAAGGACGAAAAGCUUCAAGAGGCCAUGCAACAAUAUGAAAUGGCAAUAGCAUACAUGGGAGAUGAUUUCAUGUUUCAGUUGUUUGGAAAAUAUAGAGAUAUGGCCUUGGCUGUGAAAAAUCCCUGCCAUCUCAAUAUGGCUGCAUGCUUGAUCAAGCUACAGCGCUAUGAUGAAGCUAUCGGGCAAUGUACCAUUGUAUUAUCAGAAGAUGAAAACAAUGUAAAAGCAUUAUUUAGGCGGGGAAAGGCCAGGGCAGCACUUGGCCAAACGGAAGCAGCUCGCGAGGACUUCCAAAGAGCCCGGAAGUAUGCCCCUGAAGAUAAGGCAAUCUUGAAGGAGCUUCGGUCGCUUGCCGAACAUGACAAAGCUGUGUACGAGAAGCAGAAAGAGAUUUAUAAAGGGAUAUUUGGGCCAAGGCCUGAACCUAAACCGAAGAAGUCUAAUCUCCUUGUUGUUUUCUGGCAUUGGCUUCUUUCUCUAAUUCACCGCCUGUUCAAUCUCGUUCGACGCAAAACUGAUUAGCCUGUCCACUUGAAGAAAUGAUGCCAUCUCACUUCGAACGCCAUAGCUUAUCUGGUGGGACAAUUACCCUUAGUUGUACAAUGUUGUGGAAUUAUUAUAUCUUUUUUUUUUUUUUCUUGUUUUCCAAGAAGCUUUUUAAGAUCUCAGAGUCGUUCGUACUAUCCAGAUUCAAAGCAGUCCCUAAAGGGAGGAACUUGGACUACCUGUAGUAUUCUAAUUUCUGUGUUGGUAGUCCAUUGAGCCAUGGUAUUAUUUAUGUGAGUUUUCUCUGUUUGGAGAACAAAUGUGGGAAGGCUAAGCAUCAUCCUAGUUUAUAGGAUGUUUCGGUUGUCGGUAUGUAGAUUUAAAAGCGUACAAUGUUUCACACCUUUUCUUUUGCACGUUAGAUGUUAUAUCAUUGUUAUAAUCAGAAAAUGCUGAAGCCCAUAUUAAUUUGGUAGAAAGAAUUGUUUACCAUUUUUUAUAAUUUGCA